UGCUCAGUGCGAAUCAUGCUGCGACUGGGACGUGUUUUGCGAUCGGCUGCUGCCCUGCAGCAAUCGCGCUUCCAGAGCAGUAGUAAAAUCGAUGGUGCAGCAGCGAGUGUUCUCGGAGAUCCGCUGCCCGAGCGUUGUGAUGUGCUGAUCAUUGGUGGCGGCGGCAUGGGCGCCUCCUCGGCCUAUUGGCUCAAGCGUCGGGCGGAGCAGAAGAAGCUCAACGUGCUCGUCGUGGAGCGGGAUGCGAGUUAUGCAACGGCAUCCACUGUGCUGUCCGUGGGCGGUGUGCGUCAACAGUUUUCGCUGGCGGAGAAUAUACAAAUGUCGCUCUUUGGCCACAAUUUCAUUUCAAGCUGUCGCACUCAUUUGGGCGAUGUGGAUCUGAACUUUCGGCCGCACGGCUACCUCGUCUUGGCCAGUGAAAAGGGCGCCGAAACGCUGACGCGCAACUCCAAGCUGCAGAAUGAGCUGGGCGCGCGCAAUGAGCUGCUCGGCGCGGAGGCAUUGCGUCGCCGCUUUCCCUGGAUGUGCACCGAGGACAUUGAGCUGGGCUGCUAUGGCAUCGACAAGGAGGGCUGGUUCGAUCCCUGGGCCCUGCUGAUGGGCUUUAAGAAGCAGGCGCGCUCGCUUGGUGCCCAGUUCGCCAACGGCGAUAUUGUGGGCUUUGAGUGGAAUCCAGCUGGUGCACUCUCCGCCGCAGUGGUGGCCAGUGCCGAUGGCAAAAGACGCACCGUGCAAUUUGAUACUUGUGUGCUGGCUGCUGGUCCCUGGUCUGGCCAGGUGGCGCGCCUGGCCAAGAUUGGUAUGGGAGGAGACCUACUGCGUGUGGCACUGCCCGUGGAGCCGCGAAAGCGGUAUGUCUAUGUCGUCAAUACCCAAGGCAAGAAUUGUCCAGGAGUGGAGACACCUCUAACUAUCGAUCCUGAUGGCUCGUACUUUCGUCCCGAUGGAUUGGGCGGUAAUUUCCUAUGUGGUCGCAGUCCCGCCGACGAUGAGGAGCCCAAGUGCGACACUCUGGACGUGGAUCAUGGCUACUUUGAGUCGAAUGUGUGGCCCACCUUGGCCAGUCGGGUGCCCGCCUUCGAGUCGCUUAAAGUGCAGAGCAGCUGGGCAGGCUACUACGAACACAACACCUUCGAUGCGAAUGGCAUCAUUGGUCGACAUCCACACUAUGGGAACCUGUAUAUAGCGACCGGUUUCAGUGGCCAUGGCAUACAGCAGACGCCAGCGGUGGGCCGAGCCAUCGCUGAGCUAAUUUUGGAUGGCAAAUAUGGCGCAUUGGAUCUGAGCCGGUUGGGAUUUGAGCGUCUGGUUGCCCAGCAGCGAAUGCUGGAGGUGAAUAUUGUCUAGACGAGACUGGAAACCAAUUUGUGUUGGUUUGUUGCUGUUUCGAUUUUAUUUUAAAUAGGCUUUGAUAGUAAACUUCACUUAUUAGUUUUGGUACAACUGCGUUUCCACAUUUGAUGUAUAUAAAAUUUUGUUCAUUUCUUUUGGUA